CGUAGCUUUUUUCGUGGGGAGGGCUGAAAUCGCGAAAACUAUGGACGCGUCGCGACGCGUACUACGACAGCGUGAGGGGCGUCGUUUUUUAUUAACUACGUGAUUUUUUCGUUCCGUUUAUUGAAUUAUUUGGCUUAUUGAUGCAUUGACAUUUUGUUUUUUUUUAUAUUUAACGCGGUUGUUUUUUCGCUUUGCUUAACCGAAACAAAAGCGCAUUUUUGAUGAUAUCGGUGUUUUCGUUGGGCGGGUUUAGCAUCAGCAUGUCGGGUGAUGAUAACAAGGACUACAAAGAAAAGCUGAUCGCUUCUGUAAAAAAGGAGGUAAAACAGGUGAUGGAAGAGUCGGUUACGCGAAAAUUUGUGCACGAAGAAAGCGGAUCUGUGACCUCUCUCUGUGGUGCUGUAGAAAAUUGUCUUUCACAAGGUCUACGUAGAAGAGCAUUAGGCCUAUUCAAAACCUCAUCCACAACGGCAUUACUUCAUAAAGUAGCUAAGCAUUGUCCAGAAGCAGAUAGAAUAUCAAAGAAAGUACAAGAAAUAGAAAAUUUAGAUCCUAAUCGUAGAUCCAGUAGCAGUAGCGAUAGUGUGACCAAGCCUACCUUAAAGAAAAACUUAUCGUUUCCUUCUAGUCCUUUACCUAGGUUCUUGUGGAUAAGGCUAGCCCUUUUCGAUAAACAACUGGCGAAAAUAAUCGACUUCCUGGUCAGUAACGCCCACAAGUACUACGAUAAAGACGCUUUAGUAGCUGACCCUGAUUACGGAACUAUAUUAAGCUCAUUGUUGGUGGGCCCGUGUGCACUUGACUAUUCCAGGACAAAGAGUGUAGAGCAGUUCUGGACUGAUCCACCUGCUGACGAAUUGGUAAAAAUGCAUCGAAUUUCCAGCGGUCAUUCUACACCGCCGCCGGUGCGAAGGCCUAUCCUGAACUUCGGAAGAUCCCUAAAUACCUCGUCUGAAGAUAACAUACUGUCAAGAAAUAACUCUCAACACAUAGCCAAAGACUACGUGGAAAGUUUACAUCAAAACUCCAGGGCUGCCUUACUUUUUGGCAAAAAUAACGUUUUAGUUAUGCCACAUAAGGAUGAUGUCACUCAGCCGAUACCAGGUUAUUUAAGCCUGCAUCAAACACCCGCUGGCCUUACCAUCAAAUGGACACCCAAUCAGCUGAUGAACGGCUUUACAGAGGAAUCGCAGGACAAAAGUAUUUAUUGGGAUUAUGCUCUACAAGUUCGUCUGGAUGAAAUAGUUUACGUCCACUGUCACCAAGAUAGCGAAGCUGGCGGUACAGUUAUAUUGGUUGGACAAGAUGGCGUCCAAAGGCCACCGAUUCAUUUUCCAAAAGGUGGACACUUGCUAGCAUUUCUAAGCUGCUUAGAAACAGGUCUUUUACCCAGGGGUCGUCUGGACCCACCACUUUGGUCUCAACGAUCUGGCACUAAUUCAAAUACUAAGAGGCGUAGACCUUUACCGGCGCUGAGUGAAACCGAAGAUGCAACCAAGGACUACGUAUUCAGGAUAAUUGAUAAUAGUGACCAUAAGGAUAUAAUAAAAAGAAAAGAUUUAAUGGACACUAAAGCAUCGCUUCCAAUAAAAGUGAGAGUGCAAUUGGGCAGCACGAGUACAAGUUCGGAAAGUUCCUCAAAAAGUUUUAGUUUGGACCAACAGACUGUACCCGAUAGUCCGCCAAGUGUCUACAUCCAAGCAGUAUGUGAUUCGAUGAAAAAACAAAUUAUUUCACGAGCUUUUUACGGAUGGCUAGCAUAUUGUAGGCACCUGUCAACGGUCAGAACGCAUCUUAGUGGUCUAGUUAAUGGGAAAAUUAUUAGCGGAGAUGGAGCAUCAAGCGGUAUAACUGUAGAAAAAUGGGCCGAACUAUGCGUAGAUGGUGUGGUAACAGACUACGCCGAAGUCUACAGGCUCACGUAUUUCGGUGGCAUCGCCAGCGAACUAAGAACUGAAAUUUGGCCAUAUUUAUUGGGUCAUUACAAAUUCGGCAGCACUAAAGAAAAACGAAAAAUGGUCGACGAAGAAACUAAACAGGCGUAUGAAAACACAAUGUCCGAAUGGUUGGCCGUCGAAGCGAUAGUUAGGCAACGAGACAAAGAAGACCAGGCCCAUGCAAUCGCGAAAUUGAGUAGCGAGAGUACAUCUGGGGAUCAGCACGUUCCGAAUGAAAUUCAACGGGAUUUGAGUAAUGAGGUCUUUGAAGAUGUAAUAACAGAUGACGAAGACUCGACAUCAGAAGAAGGAACAAACCGAAAUACCCCUCUAAAAAAGUCAAAGAAAAACCGACGAAACACCAUAAAAUACGACAGUGACGAGGAUGUGCAAUACGAAGACUGUGAAUCGAAAAACACAGAAUCCAAGGACAGCUUAAAAACCUGCACCGAAGGCAGCGGGAUCAAUGAAAACUAUGAACAAGCCUUAUCUAGAGACAACAGUAUAGAUAAGGAGGUGGUUCAUAGUGAUUUGGUAGAUACACAAACAGAUGUCCAAUCGGACCAUCAAGAAUUGAAGAAUUUUAUCCGUAACGUCAUUGUCACCAAUCCUUCGGUAGACAUAACCAACAUCGACUCUGAAAGUCCUAUUAGAAAUCACUUGGACGCUGUCACUGAAGAGAAUAAUUCCUCACUAGAUACUUGUAUAGAAACCCACGGAUUGGCUAGUCCUGCUAGGUCUACCUGCGUAAGCCCCGCAAGUUCAAAUGGAGGCAUAUACUCACAAGAGCUGCUUAAGACCUUUGGGUUGAAUUUGCACAGGAUCGAAAAGGACGUGCAGAGGUGCGAUAGGAAUUACUGGUACUUUGCCAACGAAAAUCUGGAUAAGUUACGCAAUGUUAUGUGCACAUAUGUAUGGGAGCACUUGGAGAUAGGCUACAUGCAAGGCAUGUGCGACCUGGUCGCUCCCCUUCUAGUUACCUUCGAUGACGAAUCGCUCACUUACGCGUGCUUCUGUCAUCUAAUGGAACGGAUGAUCGAAAACUUUCCAAACGGAAACGCGAUGGAUUGCCAUUUUGCCAACAUGCGAAGCCUCAUCCAAAUUCUGGAUGCGGAAAUGUACGAACAGAUGCACGCCCACGGCGACUACACGCACUUUUAUUUUUGUUACCGAUGGUUCCUUUUAGACUUUAAACGAGAAUUGGUUUAUCCAGACGUUUUUACUACCUGGGAAGUAAUUUGGGCGGCCCAACAUGUGUCUUCGAGUCAUUUUGUUUUGUUUUUGGCCUUAGCUUUAUUGGAAACUUAUAGGGAUAUUAUCCUAUCUAAUGGCAUGGAUUUUACGGAUAUUAUAAAAUUCUUUAAUGAAAUGGCUGAAAGGCACGACGCAGCGGCUGUCCUAAAAUUAUCCAGAGAGUUGGUUUUACAACUACAGCUCCUAAUAGAAAAUAAAUAAAUCGUCUUUCUGUUUUGUUUCGUAAGUUUACUUUUAUUAUUUGUUAUAUGUAAUAAAAUAUAUUUAAAAAAAUAUCCUAUGGAAUUAAGUAUAUUAUUAGCAAAGUACACAAAUAAAACAAAAGCCUAAAAUAUUCUUGUAGUGGCAACUUUUUAUAAAAGUAAAAUAUGUGUUUACUGUAGUACCUUAAAAACUUAAAUCUUUAUUAUUAAAAGUAACGUAUUAUUAUUAGUAAUGUGAUUUUUGAAAGAAAUAUCAAACUUACGUGUAUAGGAUAAAUAAAAAGGUGUUUUUAUUGUAACAUAACAGCAAAACCGUGGUAAAACUGGGUCUCAAUUAACAACAAUCACAAAAAAAUUGUUUAUUUUAUUAUUUAUAAGCACAAGAAAUAUUUCACGUAUAGGUAUAUUUUUGUGAUAUACAGCUGUGUAAAAAAUAUGUUUGUAAGUAGAUAAGGAUGUACACGAUUUAAAAUAAGUGUUAGGAUUAGUGUUAGUUUUUUUUAUGAUUAGUUAGUGUUUUAUUAGAAUGUAUUACUUUUUAUCCCUCUUCGUUUAAAAUAAAAGGGAUAAACUAUUAUACCUUUUAAUGCAACAUUCGGUAUAAUAAGGUGCCAAAACAUACAACGCAACAUAUAAAACCAAAUGGAUUCAUUGACUAAAUACGUAUCUUAAUAAAUGUACCUACCUAUCAGAAAACUUUAUUUAUAUCUUAAAUCAGCUUGGAAUAUUUUUGUAUAUUAGAUGUAAUGUAUAUGCAUAAAUUUCUAUAUUUGAUUAUUCCUUUAAAUUAAUCAAAAAUACACUAAUGGACAAACUACUCUUAUACAGAAACAAGAGACACGUAAAGGUUUCCUGCAUACAUCUCUUAUUUUCUGCAUAAUUCUGAUAGCUCUCUUUUGAGCUAUAAAAGCUCUCUCCAGAAGAGAGAAUUCUGCACGUUGAAAAGCUGUUGUGUCCAAUCAAGUUUUUGAUCAUUGAAUAUUAAGAACUUUAGAAGAUUAGUUUUAUCUGUUUUAGAUCUAGUUGGUUUAUAGUAAACCAGUCUUGUACUGUUACAAGUCGUUCUGUGGACAUCUCAAGAAUGACCAACAGGUUUGUGUCAUCCGCAAACUUUAAUAAGUAAGAUUUGUCGUCUAAUAUUUCAGUGGCGAAGUUAGCGCUUCUUUUCAAGCAAGAUCCUGUGGAUGAUGCAUUCUGUCAAGCCUUGUUUGUUGAAGUUCUAUUUAGGUAUUUCUUUGAAGUCCUAUUUUAUUAAGGUCCUUUAUCUUCCAGGCUUUUGAGAAUUAAGCCAGUCGUAGAUAGGAUUAAGGGCACAACUUCAAACUUGUCAACGUUCCACAUCUGUCUAAUUUCCAUCGAUAGGUCUGCAUAUUUGGGACUAUUCUCUUGGCAAUUGCUUAACACGCUAUUGUUUGUUGGCACUGCUACAUCUAGCAGAACUGAAUUGUUUUCCUUGUCGAACACCACAAUAUCCGGUGAAGUAUUCGUCACCUGUGUAUCGGUGAUAAUGGACCGACCGUAGUGUAAUUUAAACUUGUCGUUCUCUAUAGUACCUUCUGCGGUUGAUAUUUGCAGUAAGGUGUGUGGGUAUUAAUAAGUCCAUAUUUGUUGACUAACUUUUGGACAAUUAUAUUGCUGACCUGGUAGUGUCGUUGCAGAUAAUCCGUAUUAGCUAACACAUUGCAGUCGCAUGUUAUGUGCUGGAUAGCUUCAAAGGCUUAGUGACAUUUCGGCCUGAACGCUCGAAUCUACAAAUUAUUUUAUAGGUAUUAAUAUUGAUUGUUUGAUCUUGUAUAGCCAUCAUAAAUCUUUCUAUCUCUGGAAAGAGACUAUUAAUAUGUGGUACUCCGAUUUCAGUAGCUUUUUUAUUCUUCUUGUAUAUUCUUUUUCUACUUUCUGUCACUUGAAAAUUUUUGUGUGAACACUUAUUAAAUAAGUGUUGUAUUUGCUUUUCAUUAUUACCAUAUAGUUGGAUAUAAUCAUUAUAGAGUAGGUAGGAACGUAUAAAGGUUGCAAUCCUGUUGUCUUGUUUUGUUUUGUUGUUUGUUACUUGCCGAAUGUAUUUUGUGGAUUCGUAAGAUCUCUACAACCCAAGAAUUAGGGACACUGUCAAAUUCUUUCUUGGAGUCGACAGAGGCAGGUUUCUGCUGCAAACAGAGUUUGUUUCAAAUUAAUUUAUAAUGAGUUGUUCCUCGCACCUUUGAUGGUCCGGUCCCUCUUGCAGCCAAUAUGUUAUUUUAAUCUAAAUGCUUAUAAAUUCUGUUAGUAAUACAAGACAUUAGUAUCUUAUACAUUGUUACUAAACAGAUUGGAUUAUAUUGAGAAGGACUUUGUAUUUGGUUGCUUUUUGAUAGAACCAAGAGUCAGGAAUAUUGUCAAAAGCCUUUGCUAGGUUGAAAUAUUCUCCUCAAAAAUUAGAAGUGCAGUAUCCAGUGACCUGCCCUUGAGAUAGCCAUGUUGUGGAGAAUUUAUUAAUUUUUCUACGCAGGAGUAUUGCACAUAUUGCAAUUGAAGAAACCUUGGAAACCUUGCAGGCUCCUGGUUCUAUAAUUUUCUAAGAGUGAUUUGUGAAUAUUAUUAUAAUCAUCAUAACUCCCUUGCACACUUAAAACCCAAAAUGGACAUUUUAUCAACAUUGAAGACAAGUUGAUUACAUAUGCACCAUUCUCUGACAUUGCGAUGGUCCUCGACAAUGAGAGAUCUAACUAUUUUUUGGUUUUUAUUAUUCUAUACAAACUUCCAGUGUUUUUUGGCUAAUAAAAAAAAAACAUUAUAACUCAAAUUAAUAAAACACAUAAGCAGAAACAAUUGAAGAAGUAUUAAGGGAAAUGAUAAAGAAGUAUGAACAAAUUGACUAAACUAUUUAAAUCUUAUGCAGAUGUGACUUUGUUAAGAAUUCGUUUGUUACUGGGUGUUGUAUAUUAUUUUGUAUAUUUCUUUAGUUUUGUCCAUUAGUGUAUAUAAAGAAUUUUAAGAAAUAAGCAAGGUGUCUCGUGGUGGAUUGUAAUUUCACAGUCAGAUAUUUAAACCAGGACCUAAUAUGUGUUAACCCCAAAAAACUGACCAUGAAUAUAACGAAUUGGUAUUUAUACCCUAUAAAUGUGGUAGAAAUAUAAUCUACUAUGAGAUUGCUUUAUUUUUAUUAUCAAACUUUUGUCUUGUCAAGGAUGGCUAUCAGUGGUGUAUUUAAGUAUUUAGUUUAAAAAAAAAUGUCUAUUUCUACGUUAUGUAGCUUUAAAAUUAUAUAAUAUUCUUGUUUUAAAAUA